AUGCCAAUGAAAUAUGUAACAUCUUAUGCUGCAGGUGGUGGUCUUAAUAUGAUGGACAAGAAAAAGGGCUGCUUAAAAUUGAUGAAAGAUGAGAAUCCAGAAAUGCUUCAUGUGCAUUACUAUUUUGCAUCAGAAUUUAUCAUUUUAAAAAUCAAUUUGUUCAAACUUUACAGAACAGUGGAAAAAUGGCCAUGGCCAAAGAAAAAGUCAAUUGCUUUCUUUCGUGGAUCACGCACAAGUGGAGAGCGAGAUGCAUUAGUGCUUUUUUCAAGAAAAUAUCCUGAAAUUGUGGAUGCUCAGUAUACAAAGAAUCAGGCUUGGAAAUCUGAUAAAGAUACACUUGGUGAACCACCAGCAAAGGAAAUAUCUUUAGAAGAUCAUUGUGCUUACAAAUAUUUAUUCAAUUUCAGAGGUGUGGCUGCAAGUUUUAGGCUAAAACACUUGUUCCUUUGUAGAUCACUGGUUUUUCAUGUGGGCAGCGACUGGCUUGAAUUUUUUUAUCCAAGUCUUAAGCCAUGGGUGCAUUAUAUUCCUGUUCCAAAUGACAUGUCGAAUAUUAGUGAUCUUCUAAAUUUUGCUAAGGAAAAUGAUGAAGUAGCAAGAAAAAUUGCUCAAAGAGGAUUUGAUUUUAUAUGGAAUCACCUUAAAAUGGAAGAUGUCCUUUGUUACUGGAAGAAUUUGCUGUUGAAGUAUGCAAAGUUACUGAAAUAUAAACCAGAAAAGAAUCAUAGCUUUAAAUUAAUCAAACCAAAGAAAGAUUGAUGUAAAAUACUUUUUAAAGUCAUUAAAAUAUUUUUAAGUAUGC